UUCCAGCAAUAUAGCCCGCGGGGAGUGUGUUAAAAGGGGGUAGGGACCGCACGCCCACCUCUCUCAGCGUUGCACGGGAGAGUCAUCGUUACACACAAGGUCCUGCUCUCCUGAUAUAAUAGCUGCUGCAGACGGGUUUCUAUCGAGAUACUUAUAAAAGAAGAUAACUACCAUGGAGCGUUGGGUUGGCCGUGUUGCUCUGGUGACUGGAGCAAGUGUAGGGAUUGGUGCUGCCAUUUGCCGAAGCCUUGUUGGUGCCGGCAUGAAAGUGGUGGGAGCAGCACGCAAUGUGGAGAAGAUCCAGGCUCUUUCGAAUGAGCUGUCGGGAAUGCCAGGAAGUCUGACAGCCGUGAAGUGUGACUUGACCAAAGAUUCAGAUAUCAUGAAUCUUUUCACCAGCAUUAAACAGCAGUUUGGUGGAGUUGAUGUCUGUAUCAACAAUGCUGGGCUUUCACAUAGCCAUAGUCUUCUUGAUGGCACAACUGAGGAAUGGCGAGAGAUGUUGGACGUGAAUGUGGUAGCACUCUGUCUCUGCACACGAGAGGCUGUAGCUUCCAUGAAGGAGAGAAAGGUGGAUGAUGGACAGAUCAUUCACAUUAGCAGUAUGUCAGGACACAGAGUAACAGCAACUCCAGGAGUCCACUUCUAUACUGCCACAAAAUAUGCUGUCACUGCUUUGCUGGAAGGUUUGCGAAUGGAACUAAGAGCAGCAAAUUCCCACAUUAGAGUUGCAGCUGUCAGCCCAGGAAUGGUUGAGACAGAAUUUGCUCCGAGGAUGCAAAAGAGUGAAGCUGCUCGUGAGAUAUACAAAACCAUGGAGUGUUUGCAGCCAGAAGACGUUGCAUCUUCAGUGGUACACAUAUUGUCUGCUCCUCCUCAUGUCCAGAUUCAUGAUAUCCUGUUACGACCCACAGAGCAAGUUUCAUAACCAACCUCUGAAUACAAAACAGAGACAUGCUCAGGUUUACAAAAAAUGAAAACCAGUAUUAGGGUGUGUUUAACUACAACUGGACAGUUGUUAGAACUGUUUUGUAUUUUGCCAAGAGCAAUUUUAGUUUUAGCUAUUAUACUGUAAUAGUGUAAUGCUAGUAAAUUUAUAUUAAAAAAAAAA